AUGAGCAAAAACCUUGUAGAAUUGUUGGCGCAAAAAUGGAAAUCUUACAGACACAGAUUUGUUCCCUGGAUCGCAUUGAAUCUACAGAAAAACCAGCGGACCCUUCGUCAGGUGAAGCACCAAUCUGAAGACAAGCGGAUCAGUGAUGACCAGGUGCUUGCAACCCUCGUGCACCUUUUUACAGCAUUGCUUAAAAACGAUGCCAGUAAUCAAAGUAAAAAGCUUCGUCUGCUGCCUACCUCUUAUCAGCCCAUGAACCAUAUUACCCACAAUGCUGAGGCACAGGGACUGAAAGUGCCUCCUACUGACACAAUGCUGCAGGUGCUGGGCUUCUGUGUGGAGAAGAUGCCCAGUUCAUUGGAAUCUGCUGGGACUGGAGUCUUUGUCACACAAGGACUGGUGCCAAAAGGUGUCACAGUUGCCAUGUAUCCAGGAACUGUUUAUCAGGCUGACAAUCCGAUUCUCAUCCAGUCUAUUCGAAACCCUUUUGUAUUUAGAUGCAUAGAUGGUGUUUUAAUAGAUGGCAAUGACAAAGGACUCUCCAAACUAGUAUUUAGGUCAUGUAGUGGGCGGGACCAGCUUGGCCCCUUCUGUUUAUGUGACAGUUCGUGGUUAACCUCCCAUCCAGAAAAUCCUCUGGCAAUGGGGCAGUAUGUCAACAACUGCUCCAAUGAGAAAGCUGCCAAUGUGUGCUAUCAGGAAUUUGAUGUGCCUAAUGAUUUCCCUCUAGAGCUUCGUCAGUAUCUUCCUAAUGCCAAUUACAGCAUAACAAUACAAAGGAAGCUACGAUGCGUCGUCCUCGUUUCAUUAAGAGCAAUUAACAAGGGUGAAGAACUGUUAUCAAACUAUUACACAAUUGUAAAAAAUGUAUUAUAAAAAUGAAAACAUUUGA